AACGCGCAGCGCUGUCUUUUUUUGCUCGUUCCGCAGGCCGCAAUUUAAUUUAUCUAAAUUAUCACUUAUUAGAUAAGCCGUCGCGGUUUAGUCAGUCGUGCUGCGAUCGCCCCUAAUUCAAGAAGACAAUGUGCUAAGGGGGUUUUAAGUGAAAGCUCGAAGAAUGGCCAAAUCGUGGAACUUUGUGUUUGUGCUCGUGUGGCUGUCGGCGAUUCUGGGCGCCGGAAUUCACCUCUUCUCGAAGGGGUUUCUGCUGACGCGGAUUGCGCAAACCGACUACAGCAGUUGCGUCCGGUACGAGGACAUCCGGUGCGGCACCGGCGGUGGAGAUAACGGUGAUGGGGGUUCCUGCAAGGUGGAAUCGAUUCUGCGGGAUGUGAACCAGUCGGCCGGGAUUUGUAUGCCAAGGAAGGGCAAGGUUAUUCUGCUGGUCAUUGAUGCCUUGAGGUACGACUUUGGGGAGUUUGAUUCUUCGCUGAAGGAUCCUUUGCCGUACCAAAAUGGACUGCCGGUGCUGGAGGAGCUGAGGAACCGCUUUCCGGACCGUACGCGUCGGUUGAAGUUUGUGGCGGAUCCACCGACAACGACGCUGCAGAGGCUGAAAGCCAUGACGACGGGCAGUUUGCCGACGUUUAUCGACAUCGGUUCGAACUUUGCCUCGCCGGAGAUUAACGAGGACAACGUGGUGGACCAGUGGAAGCGGCACAAUUUGUCGACCAUCUUUCUAGGGGACAGCACGUGGACGGAGCUGUUUCCGGGCCGGUUCAAGCGAAAGUAUGACUAUCCGAGCUUCAACAUUCACGACUUGGACACGGUUGAUUCGGCGAUUGAGCGACAUUUGCCGAAGGAGAUCGGGAAGAGCGAUUGGGACGUGAUUGUGGCGCACUUUUUGGGUGUGGACCACUGUGGCCACCGGUACGGACCGCUUCACGGGGAGAUGCAGCGAAAGCUGAAGGAAAUGAACGAUGUCAUUCGGAACGUAACGGAGCAAAUGGACGACGAAACUACUUUGGUGAUUAUUGGAGAUCACGGAAUGACUCAGACCGGUGAUCACGGAGGAGAAUCAUCCGACGAGGUCAACGCACUGUUCUUCAUGUACUCGAAAGGCACGCCACUGCUGAGUGAAGAGUACGACGAGUACAACAAAACAAUUCAGCAGAUCGACCUGGUUCCACUGCUCUCAACCCUGCUAGGAGUUCCAGUUCCCUACUCAAACCUAGGACAGAUCAACUUCCAACUGCUGCCCGACGUCAAAGUAGACUCCUUCCUGCGCUACCAACUUGCCCUGCUCCACCUCUGGCAGAACGCUCGCCAAAUCCAAAACUACUUCCAACAGUACGCCGAAGCAAACCGCGGAACGUUCGCCGUCGACCAACUCGACGACCUGGACAACAAAUUCCUGAUGCUCACGCAGCGCGUCAACACCGUCUACACGGAGGCCGCCUUCCAGAGCUUCUCCCGCGACCUUCGCCACUACCUCAAAGACAUCCUCGAAAGCUGCCGCGAAAUCUGGGUCAAAUUCGACGCCCAACUCAUCUCCCACGGCUUGCUCGUCACCUUUCUCUGCUGCUUCGGCAUCUUCAUGCUAAUCGCCAACUCGAGCGCCCACCAGCUCGCUCAAAUCUUCAACGGAACCACCAUCUACUACAUCGUAGUGCUCACGUUCAUGGCCGGAACGUCCGGAUUCUUCUUCCACCGCGAUUUCGGCCUCACCUCAGCCGAACACGGCGCGCUCUUCUUCGCCUCGGUCGCCUCCAUCGGCAUCCUCUUCGUCCAAAUCAUCAAAAACUGGACCAACAUCACCGAAAACAUCAGCCAGCAGAAACGCUCCAAAAACUUCAUCACCCGCAUCUCGUUCGCCUUCACCACGUGCGUCUUCUUCUCAAACAGCUUCAUCGUCCAAGAGCAAAAGAUCCUCUCGUACGUGCUGGUCGGCUUCUUCCUGCUCGCAAUCUACAACGUCCAGAAAAACAGCCACUUCAAAAUAUCCGCACUGCGCUGGUCCGCCCUUUCCAAGUCCACCUUCGUGAAACUGCUGGCGCUGGCGUUGCUCGGAAUCGCGCUGGUUCGCAUCGCCGGCGGGUACUUCCGGUGUCGCGAGGAGCAGGGUGACUGCACCGACUACCUGGUGAAAGCCCCGGAAGGUGGACGGCGCAAAGCGGGUCCGGAUCUGGUGCCGGUUAUCGCGCUCGUGUUGUACGUCGUUUGUGCCCGGUUGUAUUUGAGAUCGUGUGGAAAUUUGACGGGCAAUGGGGUGAAUGUGUUGUUGGCGCGGUACGGACCGACCGUCGGGGCGGCUUGCGCUUGUGGACACUUUGUGCUGGCGCGGACGAAUACCAAAGGCAUCAACCAGCACCACCUGGACGCGCUCGCCUGGGUCGUGUACGGCCUGCUGCUGCUCCAGAUCGCCGUGCUCGCCUUCUCUCCCCUGCUGAUCUACGUCCUGCCCAAGCGAAAGGAAGUCAUGAGCGUGCUGCAAUCCGACCGGAACGUCGCGCCGGAGAUUUUCCGCCAACUGCGGAGCAACUUCAACUCGCGGAAUCCGUCGGCCGCGGCGGACGAAGUUCCGAUCGUGUGCGGGCUCGCCACGGCUUACUCUUCGGUGUUUAUCGGGGUGGGGAUCUUUUUGACCAUUUUGAUGUCUCUGCUGUUGGGAUCGCAUGGGACCACUGGGUUGGUUCUUUCCUUGGUCAUUACGAUCUGCUACGGAAUUAUUUCGUCGAUUCUGCAGUACGAAAACUCUACGAACCUGCUGAGCUGCUUGCAGCCAACCAUGACGACGCUGCUGUCGUGGAUCAUCCUGAUGCAGUUUGGAUUCUACGCCACGGCGCAUCAACCGACCAUGUCCCAGAUCGACUGGAACGCGGCGUUUGUCGGGCGCACGUGGCACUACGACAACAACAACGUCAUCUCGGCCAUUCUGGUCCUGCUGAACACCUUCUCCGUGACGUUCCUUCUGUCGACGCUCUUCCCGUUGAUCAUCUUCACUCCGUUCUGCGUGUACACAAUGUGGCCAUCGUUGGCGCAAAAGAUCUACCAGAAAUCCGGUGGUGGCGGCGGAAAGCCGAAAGCUCCCAAAAGCUCCCGCAAAACGGACGCCGGAAACGUCGAGUAUCGCAGCGUAACGGUGAACAAACCGGACGAUGAGGAGGCGGGGGAUGAGGAAUCGACGUCGGGACGCCGCAAAGCGAUCGACUUUGACGUGACCAAAGGCGAGAUCAAUCUGUACGAGAACGAGAAGUUGUUCGUGGGGACCGUGUUCAAGACCGGCUGCCAGCUGCUGCUGAUUCAGGGUGUGAGGAUAUUCUGCGCCAUGUUCGCGUGCACGAUGCACUGCCGCCACCUGAUGGUGUGGAAGAUCUUCGCGCCGCGCUUCAUCUACGAGGGCAUCGGCAGCUACAUCGCGUUCAUCGGGCUGAAUCUGGGCUUUCUGCUGCUGCUGCGGGUGCACGCCGCGGUCAACGCGCUCAUCACCCGCAUCAACAAGGCCCGGUAAGGCAACUGUAGUGUAUUGUAGUUUGUAGUGUUUUUUAGAGACGAGAAUACCACCCAGCUUACCCUCUAGUCGUCGUCAUCGGCGGGGCCGUAUUCAGUAUGAUUUUAAGAAGCGGGCCGCCGAGUUCCGUGAUUAGAACGAUAAUCUCCCAGCAGCAUAAAGCACAGCACCGCGCAUUUGAAUAGGAUUUUUUUUUGUUUUGAGCGCAAAUUAUUCGUAGGAAGCGUUCUCCAUCGCCAAUCGUGGCCAUCAAGCAUAUUAACCGAUACUUUAUCUUAAGUAAAUUUAGUUGUAUUUACGAUUAAAUGCCUUGAAUGCGCUGACUUUGAAA